UUUGGGAUUGAUUGUUGUUUAGUUUUGAUUUCAGGGUUGUCUUUCGGUCAAGGGAAGGGAAAACGAGGAUCCCCGCCGGUCAGAGACUUACCGGCGAUGGACGCGGCAGUGAGGGUAAGACGGGUUUUUUCUUGCAUGUCGUAUUUGGGGGUUCUUUUGGCGAUUUCGAUUUAUUUGGUGAUUCGAUCUUUUCGGGUUUGGGGUUCUGACUAUGUUUUAUUAUCUCUGGGGUUUUGGUUCUGGUUUUGGUCGAAGGAAAUGGAAGAAAGGGACUCGGCGGCGCUAUUAUAGGAUCUCGCCGGCGACGAAGAUGACGACGGCAGGGUGGUAUCCCUGUGCUAUAGGAAAAGGCGAGUACCGAGACUUGCACCGCC